AUGAUAAAACUAAGGGAGUAUCAAUUGCUGGUGCUGAAGAGGUCAUUGUCCGCUCACCAAAGGAAGUUCACGGAUUGCUUAGACGUGGAGCUGAGAAGCGUCGUACAGCUACAACCCUUAUGAACAUGACAUCUAGCCGUUCUCAUUCUGUCUUCACUGUUUCUGUUAUG